AUGGGUAAAAGAAACUUCAGAGGUAGAAACUACAAGGGUAAAAACGGCUCUAGAGACCCAGCUGAACAAAAAAACGGAUGGGAAGAAAUUCAAAAGGAGAAUGAAAAAUGGGAAACUUAUUACAGAUCUCAAAAUUUAUUAAAUGAUGAAGAUUUUACCAAGUUUAAACAGCAUUGUCAAAAUCAAUUACCUUUAACUUUUAGAAUCACCGGGUCCAAAGCUCAUGCCAAGGAGAUUUUAAACAUUUUCAAAGAAAGACAUUUACAAUAUUUAGAUGGUGUUGAAUUUGAAGGUGAGCCUUUGAAAACUCCACAACCAUUACCUUGGUAUCCAAAUGAAUUAGCAUGGCAAAUUGAUGUUCCAAAGCAAGUUAUUCGUAAAAAUGAACAAUUUGCUAAGACUCAAAGAUUUUUAGUUAUUGAAACUGAAGUUGGUAACAUUAGUAGACAAGAAGCAGUUUCAAUGAUUCCUCCAUUAGUUUUAAAAGUUGAACCUCAUCAUAAAGUUUUAGAUAUGUGUGCUGCACCAGGUUCCAAGACUGCUCAAUUAAUUGAAUCUUUACAUUCUGUUGAUGAUCCUACUGGGUUUGUUGUUGCAAAUGAUUCUGAUUUUAAAAGAGCUCAUAUGUUGAUUCAUCAAAUUAAAAGAUUAAAUUCCCCAAAUUUAUUAGUUGUUAAUCAUGAUGCUCAAUUUUUCCCAAAGACUAAAUUAAAUGGUGAAUUUAUGAAAUUUGAUAGAAUCUUGUGUGAUGUUCCAUGUUCAGGUGAUGGUACUAUUAGAAAAAAUGCUCAAAUUUGGAAUAAAUGGUCAAUUGGUGAUGGUAUUGGAUUACAUUUAUUACAAUAUAGAAUUUUACAAAGAGGUAUUGAUUUAUUAGCCAAAGGUGGUAGAUUAGUUUAUUCCACUUGUUCAAUUAAUCCAAUUGAAAAUGAAGCUGUUAUUGCUCAAGCUUUAAGAAAAAAUAAAGAUAUUAAAGUUAUCAAGACUGAAUUACCAGGUUUAAUCUCAUCAAAUGGUGUUAAAACUUGGAAAGUUUAUGGUAAAGAUUUUCAAGUAAAGGAAAGAGGUGAUGAAUCUGUUGAACAAUCAUUUUUCCCACCAACUGAAGAUGAAGAUUUUAAUUUAGAAGAUUGUAUUAGAGUUUAUCCUCAUCAACAAAAUACUGGUGGGUUCUUUAUUACCGUUUUAGAAAAACAAGGUGAACAAGAAACUGAAGAACCAUCUAAAAAGAAGGCUAAAAUUGAACAACCAGUUGAAUCUACCACAACUAAAAAGGAAAAAUUAUCAAAUACUUCAAAUCAUGAUAGUGCAGAACCUUUCAAUUUCUUGGCUAAAGAUCAAGAAGAAUUAAGUAAAUGUUGGAAAUUCUAUGGAUUUGAUGAAAAUAAUUCAAUUGUCACAGAUAAUUGUUUUGUUAGAAAUGCCACUGGUGAACCAUCAAGAAUUAUUUAUUUAUCACAUCCAAUUGCUAAACAGUAUUUAUUAGCAAACGAGGAAAAAUUGAAAAUCAUUCAUUCUGGUGUUAAAAUAUUUGUUUCUCAAAGAACUGAUUUAGAAUGUAAAUGGAGAAUUCAAAGUGAAGCAUUACCAAUUAUUAAACAACAUUUAAGUGAUUCUCGUGUCUUGAAAUGUUCAUUAGAAUUAUUUGAAAAAUUAUUAAAAGAAGCAUUCCCAAAAUUUGAUGAAUUACAAGAACUUCAUAUUGAUGAUGAAUUCACUAAUAAAGUUAAAACCCUAAGUCAAGGUUGUGCUUUUAUUCAAAUUAAAAGAGAUAUUAAUGAAGAACAUGAAGAAUUAUUUUAUCCAAUUUGGGUUGGUUCAAAAUGUGUUAAUUUGAUGUUGUCCAAGAAGGAAACAUUUGAAGUGUUGUAUAGAGUCUUCAAUGUUGAAACUUCUGCUCAACAAGAAUAUAAACAAGGUCCAACAGGUCCAAAUAAACCAAUUGAAGAUGUUGCUGAAACUACUCCAGAAGUUACUACGGAAGAAGUCACAGCUGAACCUGAAGCUAAAGAAGAAGUUGAAGCUUGA